AUGGUAAUUCUGUUUUUCAAUCGUUUCGUACUUUCUCGCGGAGUCAAGAUCGUGCCGGACGUUCAGAGUUUGGAUCCUGAGGCUCAACUUCCGGACCUGAUAGUACUGCCCGGUGGCGCCCCCGGCGCAAAGACGUUCGAGGAGAGUGAUGCUGUCGCCAGACUUAUCGACAGGGCUCGGAAGGAAGGGGUGUACAUUGGUGCUAUCUGUGCUGCUACAAAAGCACUCGUGAGAUUUGGUGCCGAGGGCGGAUGGAAGGCAAGGGUUACGAGCCAUCCGAGCGUUCAGGAGGCUGUGGUUAAGGCAGGCUGGGAGUAUGCUCAGGAUAAAGUCGUCCUCGAUGGGAAGGUUAUUACUUCUAGAGGACCUGGAACGUCAUUGCUGUUCGCUUUGACUCUCGUUGAGACGCUCUGUGGGAGGGAGAGGCGCGAAGAAGUGGAAGCGCCCAUGAUUACGGCCAGUGAGUUGUAGUUGAUCCAUGUCGCUAUUUUAGUAGGACUGGUGGGGUCUUCGAGGGGAGCGCAAUAUGCCCAAAAAUAGCGCAAGUCAACUGCCCCAUAGCUGUCAAAUAAGCUCAUCACAAUAGAAAUGAAGAGGAAGAAAGAAAAGAAGAAGCGGAGUCAACCACCA